GAGAUCACGCCCCCGUCCCCGCCCCUGCCUAGGGCCUCUUCCUGAGUCUGGCGCAUUGACACGGAUUUCCGCAAGCAUGGUUACCCUGGGGUCUGUGUAUGGCCUGCUGCUGCUCAUAAUCGUUCGAGCCAGCAGAAGUGCAGGUGUUGGUUUUCGCUUUGCCUCGUACAUCGAUAAUUACAUGGUGCUGCAGAAGGAGCCUUCAGGGGCAGUGAUCUGGGGCUUUGGCACACCUGGAGCUACAGUGACAGUGACCUUGUGCCAAGGUCAGGAAACCAUCAUGAAGAAAGUGACCAGUGUGAAAGCACACUCCAACACUUGGAUGGUGGUGCUGGAUCCCAUGGAGCCCGGGGGACCCUUUGAAGUGAUGGCACAGCAGACUCUGGGGAUAACGAAUGCCACCCUGAGGGUUCACGAUGUCUUAUUUGGAGACGUCUGGCUGUGCAGUGGGCAGAGUAACAUGCAGAUGACUGUGUCACAGAUCUUUAAUGCCUCGAAGGAGUUGUCUGACAGUGCUGCCUACCAGUCUGUGCGCAUCUUCUCUGUCUCCCUCGUCCAGGCAGAGGAGGAACUGGAAGACCUUGAUGAGGUUGACCUGUCGUGGUCCAAGCCCACUGCAGGAAACUUGGGCCAUGGAAAUUUCACUUACAUGUCAGCAGUGUGCUGGCUCUUUGGGCGUUACCUGUAUGACACUCUGCAAUAUCCCAUUGGACUGGUCUCCUCCAGUUGGGGUGGGACACCCAUUGAAGUCUGGUCAUCUAGAAGGUCACUGGAAGCCUGUGGAGUCCCUGAUACAUGGAAUGCAAGAGUUCUUCAACCCGAGAUAAAGGCCACAAAGAGGGAGUGUGAGAGUGAUGGACCCCUGUGUCCUCUGAGGAGGUUCUUCCGGGCUGCUUUAGUGGCUGGACCCUCAGCGCACUCUGUCCUCUGGAAUGCCAUGAUCCAUCCACUGCAAAACAUGACUUUGAAAGGGGCGGUGUGGUACCAGGGGGAGUCCAAUGCAGAUUAUAACAGAGACCUGUACUCAUGCGUGUUUCCCGCACUCAUCGACGACUGGCGCCAGACCUUCCACCGUGGCUCCCAGGGGCAGACAGGGCGCUUCUUUCCUUUUGGAUUUGUCCAGCUGUCUUCAUACACCUUGAUGAACACAUCAGAUUAUGGAUUUCCUGAGAUUCGCUGGCAUCAAACAGCAGACUUUGGCUUUGUCCCCAACCUGAAGAUGCCCAAUACUUUCAUGGCUGUUGCUAUGGAUCUCUGUGAUCGGGACUCACCUUUUGGCAGCAUCCACCCUCGAGAUAAACAGACUGUGGCCUACCGACUGCACUUGGGGGCUCGAGCUGUGGCUUAUGGUGAGAAAAAUUUGACCUUUCAAGGGCCACUACCUAAGAAGAUAGAACUCUUGGCUCACAACGGGCUGCUCAACCUCACAUAUGACCAGGAAAUCAAGGUGCAUAGGCAAGAUAACAAGACAUUCGAGAUCUCCUGUUGCAGUGACCAUCAGUGCAAAUGGCUUCCAGCUCCUAUGAACACGUUCUCCACCCAGACCCUGAUCUUGGGUAUCAAUGCUUGUCUUGGUACCGUGGUUGCUGUUCGCUAUGCCUGGACCACAUGGCCCUGUGAAUAUAAGCAGUGUGCCAUUUACCACCCUAGCAGUACCUUGCCAGCUCCCCCCUUCACUGCUCAUAUUACACAGUAGGUUCCUGGACUUAGGGCAGGGCUGUCAAAGAACAUUUGACACCUCUUAAAUACAAGGAUAUUUAGGAGUCUAAAUGACGACAGCUAUGGCUUUUAAGGGCAAUUAUCAGAAGUAUCACUGAAUAGCUCCCAGCUACCAUAUGGCUCUUCCCAUAUUCAGAGGUGAGCAUUGACCAACAGAAACUUGAAAAUACUUAUCUUUGUCUUCUGGGCUGAUCUAAUUCUUAACUGCAACAUUGGGCCUUACCACCACCUACUUCCCUGAUAUAGGGAGUGAAAUGCCCAUUUCUGCCCCUUCAUCCAAAACUGAGAACCCUCAGGCAUGUGAGAGAUGUUGAAGGCCACAGAGACUGGUGCUUUGCGUGUUCUUUCCAAACCCCUGAAAAUGGCUGGGGAUGCUAAGAAGUUCCCAUAUGUGGAACAGCUGUCUUUUGUGAAGUGUUACUACCUCAUGACUAAUCUUUCAGGUAACCUUAGACCAUGUAUUUGCAUCCUCAUUAAACUCCCAAAACUGUCA